UCCAGAGUUCUCUUUCCUGGUGUUGCGAGGAGCCAAUCUGAAGUUAAAAAUCUGACAAGUUUUCAUCAAGCUGGAUAUUCCCUGGGCUUCAUAUCAAGGAGGAGCCUUUGGCUUUAAAAGAAACUACAAGCAGAGGCCUACACAGAACGCUGAUUCAGUUUGAGGCUGGCCUGUUUUCCUCUAAAGUUUAAUGUGGGUGAUGUCCCAACAUCUCUAACAUAGAGAAUCUCUUUACCUACUAGUUGACAGGCCCGAAAAUUUCAGACCAGUCAUGGAGGACUAUGAUAUCAGGUCUGCCGCCAGCAUUUUAGCCUCGGUUAAGGAGCAAGAGGCUCGCUUUGAGCGGCUCACCCGGGCCCUUGAAGAGGAACGGCGCAAUGUCUCCCUGCAGCUCGAGCGCGCCAAUCAGCCCUCCGACCGAGUGAGCAUGUGCAACAUUGGCAAUGGCCAGCCCCUGGCAACCGCCUGGCAGCAGCUGGUCCUGCAGGAGCAGAGUCCCAGCAACCAGACUUCCAUAGCAAUGAUGCAGGAGCCACAAGAAACAGUUGAAGAGACUGUGACGGUAGAGGAAGACCCGGGCACCCCAACAUCUCACGUUUCUAUUGUGACCUCAGAAGAUGGAACCACAAGGAGGACCGAAACCAAGGUUACCAAAAUGGUGAAAACCGUCACCACUAGAACAGUGCGCCAGGUGCCUCUUGGUCCUGACGGCCUCCCUGUGGUGGAUGGCUCGUCUCCCAUGGGUAGUUACACUGACUCGAUAGACAGAAGACACAUGAAAAAUGGGGAACGUUAUGUAACACCGCAGGCCUCUUCCACCUUGACACGGUCUUACAACAGCUACAAUGAUUCCUACCCUGAUGGCCACGAUGGCCAAUAUCGUCCUUUCAUGGGGCAUGAUGGUUACGGAGACCUCCCCGACAACUACGGCAGUUUGUCCCGUGGCGUCAAUUACCGUCCACGUUAUGCCUAUGUCCCUGGGAACAAUUACCGGCCAGAGGAUGGCAGUUUCACCUUGCCAAGCAGAAGGGAUAACUAUGGUCCGCUUGCCCAACCUCAAGUGCCAACAGGCAGCAAUGUGGACUUAAACCGCUCCCAGCCAGAACGAUUCCAACCAGAGCCUUAUGGGCUUGAGGAUGAUAACCGCAGCCUUGGAGUUGAUGACGAGGGGUACGAGCUGGACCCGGAGUACUCAACGGUGAACCGAAGGACAUCUGCUGGGAUACCUGAAAGAGGAAGGCCUCACAAGGCAAGGGGCUACGAUGAUCCAAUUGAGUCUGAGAUUGUUGACGAGAGGAUCCCGUACCUGCAUGGUAGUUAUGCGGCGCCGUUGGCACAGCCUGAGAGAGGGAGCAUGGCCAGCAUUGACCGCCUGGGCAAGCGUUCUCCUUCCAUUGACAGCAUCCGCAAAGACCCCAGGUGGCGGGACCCUGACCUCCCUGAAGUUAUCGCUAUGCUUAGUCACCCCAUCGACCCAGUCAAGUCGAAUGCAGCCGCGUACCUUCAGCACCUGUGCUACGAGAAUGAUAAAAUUAAGAAGGACGUGAGGCACCUCAAAGGGAUUCCAAUCCUGGUCAGCCUACUAGACCAUCCGAAGCCAGAGGUGCACCGGAAAGCUUGUGGGGCUCUCAGAAAUAUCUCCUACGGAAAGGAUAACGAGAACAAGGUGGCAAUAAAGAACUGUGAUGGGAUCCCAGCUUUGAUCAGGUUACUGCGGAAGACAAACGAUAUGGAAGUGCGGGAACUCAUUACAGGUACCCUUUGGAACCUGUCAUCCUAUGAGCCCCUCAAAAUGGUAAUCAUUAACCAUGGUCUUCAGACACUGACCAACGAAGUGAUCAUCCCCCAUUCUGGUUGGGAGAGUGAGCCAAAUGAAGACUCAAAGCCUCGAGACGCCGAGUGGACCACUGUCUUCAAGAACACUUCAGGAUGUUUGAGGAAUGUGAGUUCAGAUGGAGCCGAAGCUCGCAGGCGGCUGAGAGAAUGCGACGGCUUAGUGGACGCCCUCCUGCACGCCCUGCAGUCUGCAGUAGGCAAGAAGGACACGGAUAACAAGUCAGUGGAGAAUUGCGUGUGCAUCAUGCGGAACCUCUCCUACCACGUCCACAAAGAGGUACCAGGAGCAGACAGGUUUCAAGAACUAGAAGCAAACCAACUGGGAGGUUUGGGAGGAACUCAGAAGAAGAAAAAGGAUGACGCUGGCUGCUUUGGAGGGAAGAAGGCGAAAGAGGAGUGGUUCAAUCAAGGAAAGAAGAAUGGCGAUGUGGAUAGGAACUUUGAUACACUGGAUUUACCGAAGAGGUCCGAAUCAGCAAAAGGCUUUGAAUUGCUCUACCAGCCAGAAGUGGUGAGACUUUACCUGUCGAUUCUCACAGAAAGUCAAAAUUUCAACACUCUUGAAGCCGCAGCGGGGGCUUUGCAGAACCUCAGUGCCGGAAACUGGACAUGGUCCAUAUAUAUCCGGGCGACAGUGCGGAAAGAGAGGGGACUACCUGUCCUCGUGGAACUCCUCCAGUCAGAUUCAGAUAAAGUGGUGAGGGCAGUGUCCAUCGCUCUGCGGAACCUCUCCAUGGAUCGUCGCAAUAAAGAUCUCAUAGGUAGUUAUGCCAUGGGCGAGCUGGUCCGAAAUUUGCCUAGCAGGCAGCAGAGGUCUUCUAAAAACCUGGAGGAAGAUACAGUGGUGGCCGUUCUGAACACCAUCCAUGAAAUCAUCACGGACAGUUCCGAAAAUGCCAGGUCUUUGAUCCAGACGCAAGGCAUUCAGAAGCUGGUUGCUAUCAGCAAAUCAAGCCAAUCUUCCCGGGAAACCAAGGCAGCCUCUCAUGUUCUUCAGAUGACCUGGAGUUACAAAGACCUACGGAGUGUUUUGCAGAAGGAUGGCUGGACCAAAUCCCAUUUCCAGUCUGCAUCCGCUGCUCCCAAGGGAUCCAAAGGCACUUCCUGCAAAUCCAGCUAUGAUGACAGCACUCUGCCGCUGGUGGAUAAAAGCCAAGAUAAUGAGAAGUCUGGAAGCCGGGACAUGAUACCUAUGGAUGAACUUGGGCCAGAUGGGUACUCCACCAUCGAUCACCGGGAAAAAGAGCGGAAGUACAAAGCCAACGACAACAUGGGAGAUGCGUCAGAGAAAGAACCUCUAAAAAAUGACACAAAUAGGAAAACCAUUAGCAGGAGUAACAGGGCUUCGGUGACUCUGGUGGAUGCCCGUGACCCUAAACCCCAGCCUGUUGACUCCUGGGUCUAAUUUGCAUGCAUGGGCUAAAGUCCAGCCGCUUGUUUUAUUAUUAUUUUUCCCUCGACUAAAAGAAGAAA